AAUUUUCUCUUCUCUCUUUUACCUCCUUGCUGGAUCCGCAACAACAACAAUGGCGAAAUCAAGCGCCGACGAUGAAGAGCUUCGGCGAGCUUGCGAGGCCGCGAUCGAAGGAACCAAGCAAUCGAUCGUUAUGUCGAUACGUGUCGCCAAGAGUCGCGGUGUUUGGGGCAAGUCUGGAAAAUUGGGUCGACAAAUGGCUAAACCCAGAGUUCUCGCUCUUUCCGUCAAAUCAAAGGGUCCACGAAAGAAAGCAUUUCUUCGAGUCAUGAAGUAUUCAAGUGGAGGAGUUCUGGAGCCUGCAAAAAUGUAUAAACUCAAGCAUCUGUCAAAGGUGGAAGUCAUAACUAAUGACCCAAGUGGAUGCACUUUCACACUGGGGUUUGAUAAUCUCAGGAGUCAAAGUGUUGCUCCUCCACAGUGGACCAUGCGCAACACUGAUGACAGGAACCGACUUUUAGUUUGCAUAUUGAACAUAUGCAAAGACGUAUUAGGCCGCCUUCCAAAAGUUGUUGGUAUAGAUAUUGUCGAGAUGGCCCUUUGGGCAAAGGAUAACACUCCAGUAGUCACUACUCAAAGAAGUACAGAAGAUGGGGAGCCUGUUGCUGAAUCUGUAACAGAAAGCGACUUGAAAGUUACUGUUGAGAAAGAACUAGUCUCUCAGGCCGAGGAAGAGGAUAUGGAGGCUCUGUUGGGAACUUAUGUAAUGGGCAUUGGUGAAGCUGAGGCAUUUUCUGAAAGGCUGAAGCGAGAGCUCCAAGCGCUUGAAGCGGCAAAUGUACAUGCAAUUCUUGAAAGCGAACCAUUAGUAGAUGAGGUUUUGAAUGGACUAGAGGCAGCAACAAAUAUCGUUGAUGACAUGGAUGAAUGGUUAGGAAUAUUCAACAUUAAACUUAGACACAUGAGGGAAGACAUUGAAUCGAUAGAAACUCGAAACAACAAGUUAGAGAUGCAGUCUGUAAACAAUAAAGCUCUCAUUGAGGAACUUGAUAAAGUUAUUGAGAGACUGCGUGUGCCUUCUGAGUAUGCAGCAUCCCUAACAGGAGGCUCAUUUGAUGAAGCAGACAUGCUCCAGAAUAUUGAGGCUUGCGAGUGGUUAGCCAAAGCUUUAAGGGGUCUUGAAGUGCCCAACUUAGACCCGAUCUAUGCUAAUAUGCGAGCUGUAAAAGAGAAACGAGCAGAACUAGAAAAAUUAAAAGCUACUUUUGUAAGGAGAGCUUCGGAGUUCUUGAGAAACUACUUUGCUAGUUUGGUAGAUUUCAUGGUCAGCGACAAAAGCUACUUUUCUCAGAGAGGGCAGCUGAAGAGGCCUGACCAUGCUGAUUUGCGGUACAAAUGCAGAACAUAUGCUCGUCUUUUGCAACAUUUAAAGGGUCUUGAUAAGAAUUGUUUGGGACCAUUGAGAAAAGCAUACUGCAGCUCCCUGAACUUGCUCCUUCGUCGAGAGGCUCGUGAAUUCGCGAAUGAGCUUCGUGCAAGCACAAAAGUAUCACGAAAUCCUACUGUCUGGCUAGAAGGAUCUACGGGUUCUAGUCAGAAUGCAAACACUGACACCUCUGCAGUGUCAGAUGCUUAUGCCAAGAUGCUAACAAUAUUCAUCCCGCUUCUUGUAGAUGAGAGUUCCUUUUUUGCGCACUUCAUGUGCUUUGAGGUACCUGCUCUUGCUCCUCCUGGAGGUGCUGGCAAUGAUAAGAAAAGCCAGUCCAACAAUGACGAUGGUAAUGAUGAUGAUGAUUUGGGGAUCAUGGACAUUGAUGAAACUGACAAGAAACCUGGUAAAAACUCUCCAGACCUGACGGCAUUGAAUGAGUCUCUUCAAGAUUUACUUGAUGGUAUUCAGGAGGAUUUCUAUGCUGUUGUUGACUGGGCAUAUAAAAUAGACCCCCUACGGUGUAUUUCAAUGCAUGGUAUAACUGAACGUUAUCUAUCUGGUCAGAAAGCUGAUGCUGCAGGAUUUGUUCGCCUUUUGCUUGGAGAUCUGGAGUCGAGAGUUUCUAUGCAAUUCAGCCGUGUAUUUGUGGAUGAAGCUUGUCACCAAAUUGAAAGAAAUGAACGUAAUGUAAGACAGAUGGGUGUCUUGCCAUAUAUUCCAAGAUUUGCAGCACUUGCUACUCGUAUGGAACAAUACAUACAAGGGCAAUCUAGAGAUUUGGUUGAUCAGGCAUACACAAAAUUUGUGAGCAUAAUGUUUGUGACCCUCGAGAAAAUUGCCCAACAAGAUCCUAAAUAUGCAGAUAUUCUCCUGUUAGAAAACUAUGCUGCUUUUCAGAAUAGCCUGUAUGACCUGGCUAAUGUUGUGCCGACUUUAGCCAAGUUUUAUCACCAGGCAAGUGAAGCAUAUGAACAAGCUUGUACGCGCCACAUUAGCAUGAUAAUUUACUAUCAAUUCGAAAGACUUUUCCAGUUUGCUAAAAAGAUUGAGGAUUUCAUGUAUACUAUCACCCCUGAAGAGAUACCAUUCCAGCUUGGUUUAUCGAAAGUAGAACUCCGGAAGAUGUUAAAAUCAAGCCUGUCAGGGGUGGACAAAUCGAUUGCAGCAAUGUAUAAAAAGUUGCAGAAGAAUCUAGCAUCAGAGGAGUUGCUACCAUCGUUGUGGGAUAAAUGCAAGAAGGAGUUUCUGGACAAGUACGAGAGCUUCGUGCAGCUCGUAGCCAAAGUUUAUCCGAGUGAAAACGUUCCUGGAGUAACUGAAAUGAGAGGACUUCUGGCUUCCAUGUAAAAAAACAAGUGAUAGAAGUAUAGAACCAUAACUGAAGGCAGUUGUUGUUAUAUAUCCGCCAUCGCCCUUUAUUACUACGUUCUUGGUCAUUUCACGGAUACAAGUGAUGUUACAAUUAUUGUCUGAGCAGAUUAUUAAUUCUUUCUUUCUUUCUUUCUAUUUUUCCAGUUUUAUAAUUUGAGAUUACAAGUGAUGUUACGACUUUCUCUCUCUUUUCUCUCUUAAUAUUUUAGAGAGAGGAAAUCUUCUCUGAUGCUCCAAUUUGGCUCUGGCAAUGGCCAGUUUCCUCAGUGGUGUUGGUCGGAUUUUGUCUAGUGUCGUUGGCUCUCUUAGCAGAGUCGGCUAGCUCUGUCUUCAUCGAUUCGCUCUCGAUUUGGAUGGCUAAGUCCCGGCUUUUGUUCGGAUUUGUUUUUUGUUCAUUCUUUUCUAUUUUACUUCGAUUUUCUUGGGUUUGAUUAGAUCUUUAGAUCUGGGUGUGUAGUUUUUUUUUUGUCGUCAACCUGUUUCCUUGAUUUUGGAAAGAGUACAAGAGUGACCAAAACCCAAUUACACAACAUCAAAGCCCAACUAUAAACCCAACCAAAAUUUACAACUAAAUAAAAUAUUAGGAUUAAUUAUCAAGGACACGUGUGCUUGUGCAUGUUAAGAUUGGAAAGACGUUAGUGAAUCAUCACCGCCGCCGAGUUGAAAUCGCCCAUGAAAAUUCAUGAUCAAAAUUCACCUAUCUCCACCAUAGAUUCCGUCAACGAACAACUACCUUUUUUAAUCACUGACUCAAAUCCUUUUGCCCAGUAAUUCGAGUAUGAGGAGUAAAUCCAUGAACCAUCAGAUCUAUGAAACGCUGGAACUCGUGAGAAGACGAGAGUUCAGAUUGGUCGCAAACACGCUAUCAACUAUUCUAUGCCGGCUAGUAGCCAAACUCCACUCAACACAAUUCUCGAUUUUAAAGUGAAGCCUUCAACUACAGCCGAUUACGGCUCCAAUAGGAGAUGAAUGACUUAUUAUCUUCUUGGUCGGAAUUGAACUUCCAAUGAUUUCAGAGAUUUCGAUUAUACACUCGGCAUAAAUUCUUCCUUGCUGGAAGAAAACUAAGAGCUGCAAAAGGAACAAAAAAACUUAACAAACAAAAGCCAAGAUAGUUUAGAGGAUCUCGCACAUAGGCGAGAAAGAGAAAACCGGACAUAGCCGGAAACAAAAUCCGACAUCAUCAUCGUCGGAAAAUGAAAGGCCAAAAGCUUUCUCUCUCAAAAACUUUUGAGAGAGAAGAGAGAGAAAACCUGCAUAACGUUCAGAUUUGUU